AUGUCGGUGGCGUUCGCACCUCACAGACAGCGUGGCAAGGGUGAUAUCACCCCCGCCGGAAUACAGAAGCUACUUGAUGAAAAUAACCAUUUGAUUCAGAGUAUUAUGGACUUCCAGAGCAAAGGCAAAACAACAGAGUGUUCACAGUAUCAACAAAUACUGCACAGAAAUUUAGUGUACCUGGCCACAAUAGCAGACUCUAAUCAGAACAUGCAGUCUCUUCUCCCAGCACCACCCACUCAGAACAUGACCAUGGGCCCUGGUGGGAUGAACCAAAGCGGAGGUCCGCCUCAGCCCAGUCACGGUCACAACAUGCCCUCCGAGGGUAUGGUGGGCUGCGGCCCGCCUGCCCCACACAUGCAGAACCAGAUGAACGGACAGAUGCCUGGGCCCAAUCACAUGCCCAUGCAGGGCCCUGGUCCAGGCCCUAACCAGCCCCCGAACAUGCCCGCCGGCUCUAUGAACAUGCCGCCGAGCAGCCACGGCACGAUGGGCGGCUACAACCACGCUGUCCCUUCGUCGCAGGGCAUGCCAGCGCAAAGCCAGAUGAACAUGACGCAGGGCCAGCCCAUGGGUAACUACGGGCCGCGACCCAGUAUGAACAUGCAGCCCAAUCAAGGCCCCAUGAUGCACCAACAGCCUCCCUCCCAGCAGUACAACAUGCCUCCGGGUGGGGGCGGCCAGCACUACCAAGGCCAGCAGAACCCAAUGGGUAUGAUGGGCCAGGUUAACCAGGGCAAUCACGUCAUGGGGCAGAGGCCGAUGCCCCCGUAUAGACCGCCUCAGCAAGGACCCCCUCAGCAGUACCCAGGGCAGGAAGACUACUAUGGGGACCAGUACAGUCACGCAGGACAGGGAGCCUCAGAAGGUAAUGCCCAGUAUGGUCAACAGCAAGAAGCCUAUCAGCAAGGCCCCCCACAGCAGCAGGGUUACCCUCCUCAGCAACAGUACCCUAGUCAGCAGGCCUACCCGCCGCAGCAGCAGGGCUAUGUUCCUUCUCAGAACGCCCCCGGACAGUACCCCAACUACCCCCAGGGGCAGGGACAGCAGUACGGUGGCUAUCGCCCCCCUCAGCCCGGACCCCCGCAAGGCCAGCAGCAGCGCCCUUACGGCUACGACCAGGGGCACAUGAGGAAAUAAAGGCCCGGGGAUUUGAACCCCCUGACUAGCUCUAUAAGAAGCAAAGGGCCAGUAUGGAAAUUACCAGCAAUGAGAAACGCCCCCCCUCCCUUCCCCCCACAGAUGAUAUGAGUCACAACAGCACAAACAAAUGAAAAAAAAAUCCAUUCCUCUCCCUGUUUUUGGCUCAUAAACACGUCCUCUCAACUUAUCCUCCUCUCCCUUGUUUUUGUGGUCCAGUACGUCUCAAAGCGGCAGUGCCUUAAAGAUGGAGCUGCCUUAUCCUUGAGCAUUGCGUCGACUGUACGCCAAAAUUUCAUUAAAUUUUUUUUUUUUAUUAUUUUUAUUUUUCACGGACGAUUCAAAAGUAAUUCUACUGUGGUUCAUGCUUCAGCUCCCUGUUAAUAAGAAGAAGCAAUAAGGCCAGCAGUAGGUGGAGGCUGUGUGUAAAAAGGUAGAGGGGCAUGGCGUAAAGUUUAGAUAGCAGCCAAACUUCCUUGUUACACCUGCCCGUACAGGUACACGUGUCUAUGUAUGAGAUAAUGUAAAAAAUCUAUUUUAUUCUUUUUUUUUUUUUUUUAGAGGCAGAUGACUUUGUAUAAGACAUUGGAAGCUAGUACUAAGAUGUGUAAGUGUCAAGCAGUUUUUUUUUUUGGGGGGGGGGGGGGGGGUUGUUAUCCAGCACAUUGUUGUUAUGACCUGAACCAUUCAAACGAUUUGCAAUUGCUCUCCUUAAAUUGUAAUUAGGAGAGCAAACUUGCCACAAGAACAUGUUUUUAUUUGGAAAAGCAUCUUUGCUGUACUAAAUAAGCUGUGCCAACUCUAGUGGUGAAGGAAAAAAAAGGUUGUUUUUUUUUUGUUUGUUUGUUUUUUUGGCGGGCCACAAGAUGUGGUCAAAGGUUUGUCGGGGUAUGUAAGCAGACACCGUUUUUUGAACACCAAGGAAGCACAGCA